AAUGGUGACAGACGUGCAGCUGGCCAUUUUUGCCAACAUGCUUGGCGUGUCACUCUUCCUGCUGGUUGUGUUAUAUCACUAUGUUGCCGUCAAUAACCCCAAGAAGCAGGAGUAGAAGUUGCCAUUAUGAUUUGGAGAGGUGAGAUGGGACUCCCACCACCAUCGAAACAACAUUCCCCUCUUCCAGGCUUCUUCUCCAAGAGAUGAAUAUCUUUGUUAAAUUGCACAGUAGUGUUUUUUUCUAAUAAAAAUGUGUGAAGUCC